GUGGGUGUAUUUUUUUGUAUUUUGUAUAAAAAAUUAAACUUCUUAUUGAAUUUAAAAUGUACAGUAACUUUUCUUUCGAAAGUCAUAUUAAGUUUAAAAUUUAUUAGAACUAAUGUUUGAACAGGACUAAUGGGAAAUGGAUGAAAAAUUAAUUAUUGUAUGUCCAAGAGCCUGAUAGAAUCCUGAUAUCUUAGAUAAUACUUUAUUACUCAAAUACAGAGUUCUGUCAGUGAGAUUUAUCACCUUCUUCUAGUACAACAUUGUACUGUCUCUACAAUUUUUGUACACACUUUUUGUAACACACUAGGUUACUGGAAAAAAUGGAUAGAUUUGAAUAUAUUGAUGCUAGACUAUUUGAUGGUGAAAAUUAUGUCAAACGUGACAAAAAUGUGAAAAUAUAUGAUGGUGAUGAUAAGACUCAAUUUGUUGAUGGGGAAGUAGUGCUCACUAGCCAUAGAAUUCUAUGGGGAAAACCAGGAGAUAUACCUAAAGGAAAUGUUUGCCUUUCCCUUCAUUUGUAUUAUGUUUUCUGUAUUGAGGAAGAGAGUGGUGGAGUUUUUGGCUUGGGUGGACCAAAGAGAAUUAUACUACACUUAGGGCCAUCUCUACCAGGUAAGAGACCAGGUCCAGCAGUUGUAAGUCUAUACCAUUAUAUAAAACUAUCAUUCAAAGAUGGCGUUGAUGCAGCCUUCUACAAGGCUCUCAGUGACGCUGUAGCCAAUAAAGCUUGGGAAAGACCCACACAGUUAACAUCUUUAACAAUAAAUUCUCCAAAUGCUUCACCCAGAUCAGUGACACCAGUCAGUUCUAAAAUGCGUUCAGGAAUUGUUGGCAUAGAAAGGAGUAUAGAGGAGCAGCAUAGAGCCACUGAUGCCAGUAUAAGUGUAGCAUUCCAAGAUCUCACAAAACUAAUGGAGAAGGCGAAAGAAAUGGUGUCAAUAUCAAAAAAUAUUUCAUCUAAAAUUAGGGAAAAGCAAGGAGACAUAUCAGAAGAUGACACAGUUAGAUUUAAGUCCUACCUCAUGAGUUUAGGUAUAGAUGACCCUGUCACCAGGGAUGCAUUUAGGUCAGACUCUGAGUACUAUAUGGGUCUAGCACUGCAAAUUUCCGAUAUGAUGGUAGCUGUGUUAAUGGAUUGUGGUGGAAUUAUGUCAUUAGCUGAUGUGUGGUGUCGAGUGAACAGAGCCAGAGGCUUGGAGCUUGUAUCGCCUGAAGAUUUACUUAACGCAUGCAAGUUAUUAGAAACGGUUGACGCACCGAUGUCACUGCGCAAGUUUCCCAGCGGCGCGUGCGUGCUUCAACUGAAUAGCCAGCAAGAUGAGGAAGUGGCUAGAUCUACCACUGAACUGCUUGAACAACAUGGUCGUCUAACACCUGUGAAGCUGUCGCAACUGGCUAACGUGUCCGUCCUGCUGGCACGCGAGCGCCUCUUCACCACUGAGCGCUUGGGGCUCGCCUGCAGAGACGAGUCCAUUGAAGGACUUGCGUUCUUCCCCAACCUUUUUCUUACUACCACAUAAGCUAGGAGUUUAAAACCUCAAACUUAUGGGCUCAAGAAACGAAAUUAUGUAAUUAAAAAUUUAAUUUUAAAACAAGUUUUAUGUUUUCUCAUUGACUGUAAGUUUGUGAGAUUACAAGGUAAGUUAAAUAAAAAGAUUUUUAAAAAUGUAAACAGUAACUUAUUUCAUCUUGAAUUAUUUUUUUCCUGAGGGACUGAAAACUAUAUACUGGACAAGACUAAUAAUUUUUUAUACUCUGUCUGUCCUAAUAUUUGAAGUUUGAUCAUAAUUAAAUAAAGAGAAACUUUGUAAAUAAUUAUUAUUGCAAUUGUUAUUUGUAAUUUAAAUUUAAAUAAAAAAUAUUUUUGUUAUAA